UCCUUCUCCUCCUCCUCCUCCUCCUCCUCCUCCUCCUCCUCCGUAGCCAUUUUGGCUCAAGCCUGCUUGGGCGCCAGGCGGGCUGUUGCUGCCCCCUGCCGCGGCUCGGGCGAUGGCGGCGGUCCUUCCCCUCGUCGGGGAGCAGGUGGCGUUGCUGGCGCCGCUGGUCAAGGCGGCAGCUGCAGGGGCUGCUGAAGGCGGCGGCGGGCGGCAGGUGGUGGCCGCCGCGGUCGCUUCGGCCCUUCGCGUGGGCGCUUCUCUCCUCGCCCCGCGCCUGGCCUCCGAGGUGGACGAGGAGGUGGCGGCAAGGGAGCAGCUUGGAAGGCCCCACCUGACCGAGAUGGUGCGGGCGGGCCGCGAAGGCGUCGUGGCUCGGCCCUCUGGGGCCAGUCGCGCCUUCCGCGGCUGGGCCCAGCACGCCGAUUUCGGCGCAGGGCCGCAGGCGGCGCCCACCACGGCGGCCGAGGCCCGGCGCCGGGCGCGUGGCCGCCGUCGUAGGGCUGGCGAUGCAGCGUCGGCUCCCACCACGGACGGCCUGGAGGACGAGAAGGAGGAGCUGCAGGUGAAGGUAUCAGUGCACCCUGGCGCUCAGCCGAUGGGGGAGCUGAUGAAGAAGGACUUCAAGUGGGCCCCUGGAUGCCAGGCCACCCUGGAGGUCAAGGCGGUGGGGUCGGCCAUUGACGAGCUGGUCCUGGAGAACACUCGGCUGCUCAAGGGGGAGACCAAGCGCGACUCCGACAAGCUCGGCGUGAAGGACUCCAUGGAGAAGCGGCUGCCGCUGACCGUCAGCGCUGCCAAGCAGAUGGUCCUGGACGCCGCGUGCGCCGUGAAGAUGCUGGAGCACCAGCUGACGGAGGCCCGAUCCGCGCACGAGGCCGCCUGCGUGGAGGUCCUCGGCGCGGGUUUCGCGCCGUCGCAGCUGUUCGACAACGGCGGGGCUGGCCCGUGAAGAUGGCCAAGUUUUGAUGCUCGGGGACCUGCCCGAGAAAACGGCCAAGUCAUGAGGGCUGCGGAGGCUCGUGUUCCUCCUGCGGCUCGCUUGGCUUCGGGGCGCGGAGGCUCGUGUUCCUCCUGCGCCCCCCCGCUGCGGAGGCUCGUGUUCCUCCUGCAGCGGCUGUCUCGCGCCGCGGAGGCUCGUGUUCCUCCUGCGGCGCCGUCGGCCCUGGUUUCGGGGCGCGGAGGCUCGUGUUCCUCCUGCGCCCCCGCUGCGGAGGCUCGUGCUCCUCCUGCAGCGGCAGCGUCGCGCCGCGGAGGCUCGUGUUCCUCCUGCGGCGCCGUCGGCCCUGGGGUUGCGGAGGCUCGUGUUCCUCCUGCGGCCCCAGGGGCUCUCCUGCGCGACUCCCCUGUCGCUUUGCAUUUAG